UACUCACACACUCACUCUCUCCCACAGAAGGUGUGUGGGGCCCGGGGCUGGGGGCAGGAGGACCACAACUACAACAAGACGCGGGAAACUCUCAGGAGGCUGUGGGAGGUCCUCACUAGCAAGGCUGACAAGGAUCACGACAAGCAGGUGUCGGUGGAGGAGUGGUACUGGGCAUGGAGAGAGGACGAGACCGCUGGCAGGGAAUGGAGUCACAUCUUCAGAGACUUGAUGUUUCUGCUGGAAGACGCUUCAGGUGACGGACACGUGGACAUAGACGAAUACGUGGCUCUCUACACAGCCCUAGGACUGACAGCUGCCCAGUGUAGGGAAGCCUUCAGGCGUGUUCAAAAGGAGGACGCAGGAGAAGUCACCAAGGAGAAGUUUGACGAGCUGUGGGAGCAAUACUUUCACUCUGAGAACAUUGACGCUCCUGGCAAUUACAUCUUCGGCAAAUUCGACUUUUAAGACACAAGGAAAGAUCUCCACCGUGAACUGGGUCUCCUUAGCUAUAGCUUAGCUUCUUAGUUAUAUUUACAUAGCUAGUUGGAGACUCCUAUAGAUGUCGGUCUCCUACUGGGGUGCUUCUGGUGGUCUCCUAGUGGCUUGGAGAUUCACUAGAGAGAAAAAGGAGACACAAAGUUCUUGCCCACUGAUGAGAGACUCGUACGAUAACUUCUCUUUUGAGUACGAUAACUUCCCUCUUGGGUAUGGUACCUCUUGAUGUUUAAUGAUAAAAAAAAAUUAUCUCAUUUUAGGUUUUGCUUAAUAUGAAUUUCCCCUGUUUCGUAUUUAUUGAGAUUGAUGUUUAAUUUAUAUUGAUACUUUGUAAUUUCUGCUCCCAACAUACACAUUAUUAUUUAACUCUUUCGUUAAUACUUGUUGAAAAAUUACAUACUGUAAAAGAAAAUAUUAUUAUUGUUAUCUUAUAUAUUUUGGUACAAUAAUGGUAUUUGUUUGUAGUUUACCAUAAGCAAACACACGAAUGACUUAGUUUAUCGCAGGCACACACACACACAUGAAUGGCUUAGUUUAACCACACACACACACACACACACACACAUGAAUGGCUUAGUUUAACCAC